GACGUCGAUACUGUGCGACAUGCCGGAUGGAAACAAGAAAGCUCGCUAACUGCUAUAUUUUGACUGCAGCACCUGAAUGCUUUAUGCGUUAAUUCGUGGACCAACAUUUAAACUGUACAUGUAGCUAUCAAGAAACCAACUGUCAGUAGCUACGAGGGUGUAGCCUUAUAUUUUUAACUUCAGUCUCUGGUUCACAAUUCCAUCCAAAACAUCGUAUAGCUAAGCAACGUUAACGUUAGCGAGUAAAAGUUAGCACCGUUCUUACCGGUUAACGGGUAUUCUGACAGAGUUUUAGCAUUUGUUGCAACCACCGCUUGUUUCUGACGGCAGUAUGAGUUAUGGAUAUGGCGGUGGAGGUGGGAGAAGAGGCAGAAGAGGAGGUCGAGGGUACAGAGAUGGAAGCAGAGAAAGAUGGGACAGAGGAGGUGGAGGAGGCUCGAGAGGACACAGUUCCGACUUUGACCAGGACGGAGGAGGUGGACAACGGGACCGUCCUCCUCCACACCUAAAGGGCCGUGAGAUAGGUCUCUGGUAUGCAAGAUACGGAGCCGUGAGGAGGAAGCAGGCUGACCGGAGAUCGCGGGCAGUGGUCCAGAUGGAUGAGGCCAGAGAGCAGCACAUUACCAAGCUACUUAACUCUGUCCAAAAUGAUCAGCCUGGUCCAGAGAGAGAUGGCUGGGAUGCAAGAGCCUCUACGUCUGGCAACUGGCCGACAUCUGCCAAUAGAAGCGGUCAUUGUUACUUUGAUGGGGAUGAGCCUGAAGAGGAUAAACAGAAGAUUGAGAUCAAAUCUGAGGAAGAGGAGGAAGAUAUUAGUCCGGGCCAGAUAAAAGCAACUCACAAAUCACAACGUUACAUCUCUCCGGCAGUCGCUAAAGAUGAGCCUCCAGACAAGUGGGAUGAAGAAGAGCAGCCAGAGGAGGAGAAAGAGAAACUGAGAAGGAAAGAUAAGGAUCUGGAGUUCUUAUUUCAGGAAGUAGUCAGAGACAGUUCACUGGAUGACUGCUUAAAGAGAGAUCUGCAGAGCAAGAAAUCAGAUCCAAAGUACAAAGAAAUGCUGAAAUUCAGGGAAAAACUACCAUCCUAUGGGAAAAAAGAGGAGCUGGUGGAGCUGAUCAAUUUGAACCGUGUCCUGGUGGUGAGUGGAGAAACAGGGUGUGGAAAGACCACUCAGGUCACCCAAUUCAUCCUAGAUGACUAUAUCAACAGAGGCGUAGGCUCGAUGUGUCGUGUGGUCUGCACGCAGCCUCGUCGCAUCAGUGCCAUCUCGGUAGCAGAGCGUGUAGCAGCAGAGAGGGCAGAAAGUGUAGGAAAUGGAAAUUCUUGUGGUUACCAAAUCCGCCUCCAGAGCCGGUUACCACGGAGACAAGGUUCGGUCCUGUAUUGUACAACAGGCAUUAUUCUUCAGUGGCUUCGCUCAGACCCAUUGUUGUCUAGUAUUAGCCACCUGGUGCUGGACGAGAUCCACGAGAGAAACCUGCAAUCUGACGUUUUGCUCGUCAUUGUGAAGGACCUUCUCAAGCUCCGAGACGACCUCACGGUCAUCCUCAUGAGUGCCACGCUCAACGCAGAGAAGUUUUCUAGAUAUUUUGACAACUGUCCAAUGAUCCACAUCUCUGGUUUGACGUUCCCAGUGGAAGAGUUCCUACUUGAGGACAUUGUGGAGAUGACCAGGUAUCGUCCCCAGAAUCAGGACCGUCGCUCCUCGUGGAAAAGAGGCUUUUUGCAAGGGCGCAACUCCAGACCUGAGAAGGAGGAAAAAGAGGCUGAAUACAAGGAGAGCUGGCCUUGCUAUGCACGCACACUGCAGGGCAGAUACUCUGACAACACCAUUGAGGCACUAGAGAUGUUGGACAAUGAUGAGAAGAUUGACCUGGAGCUCAUCCUGGCACUGAUUUGCCAUAUUGUGCUCAAGGAUGAGGAAGGAGCUAUCUUGGUCUUCCUGCCUGGCUGGGACAACAUCAGCAGUCUCAAUGACCUGCUCAUGGCUCAGCAGAUGUUCCGAUCAGACCGGUUUGUUAUCAUCCCUUUGCACUCCCUCAUGCCUACCGUUAAUCAGGCGCAGGUGUUCAAAAGGCCUCCUCCUGGAGUUAGAAAGAUUGUGAUCGCUACCAAUAUAGCUGAGACCAGCAUCACCAUAGAUGACGUUGUUUAUGUGAUAGAUGGAGGCAAAAUUAAGGAGACCAACUUUGAUACCAACAACAACAUCAGCACUAUGACAGCAGAGUGGGUUAGCCUGGCCAAUGCCAAACAGAGGAAAGGACGUGCUGGCAGAGUGCGUCCAGGGAAGUGCUAUCAUCUGUACAAUGGUCUCAGGGCCAGCCUGCUGGAUGCCUAUCAAUUACCCGAAAUCAUGAGGACACCACUGGAGGAGCUCUGCCUGCAGAUCAAGAUAUUAAAGCUUGGGUUUAUAACUCAUUUCCUGGAGAAGGCCCUGGACCCUCCCACUGAAAAGGCCGUCAACCUAGCCAUCAAGAACCUCAUAGACCUGAACGCCCUGGACCGUGCAGAGAAUCUGACAGCGCUAGGUUUCCACCUGGCUCGUCUGCCUGUGGAGCCUCACAUUGGCAAACUCAUCCUGUUUGGGGCUCUGUUGGGCUGCCUCGACCCCGUACUCACCAUUGCUGCUUCACUCAGCUUCAAAGACCCUUUCUUUAUACCCCUGGGUAAAGAGAAGAUGGCAGACAUGAGGAGAAAGGUCCUGUCCAGAAACUCCAAGAGUGACCACCUCACUAUUGUCAAUGCCUUCCAGGGCUGGGAAGAAGCGAAACAGCGUGGUGCAAGGUAUGAGAGGGAGUACUGCUGGGACAACUUCCUGUCUGCCAAUACACUCCAGAUGCUGCACAACAUGAAGGGUCAGUUUGCUGAGCAUCUAAUGCAUACAGGCUUUGUCAGCAGCAGGGACCCCAAAGACCCCAAAUCUAACGUCAACUCGGACAAUGAGAAGUUAAUCAAAGCAGUGAUUGUAGCUGGUCUGUACCCGAAGGUGGCCAUGAUCAGACCAUCUCAUAGCAAAAAGAGGCCGGGGGUUAAGGUGUACACCCAGGCUGAUGGAAAGGUGUGUAUCCACCCGAAAUCUGUCAAUGCUGAAGAGACUGAGUUCAACUAUACGUGGCUCAUCUACCACCUCAAAAUGAGAACGAGCAGUAUUUUCCUGUACGAUUGCACUGAGGUGUCCCCCUUCUCACUGCUGUUCUUUGGAGGAGACAUCACAAUCCAGAAAGACGAGGACCAGGAGACCAUCGCAGUGGACCAGUGGAUUGUCUUCAGAUCCCCGGCACGCAUCGCUCACCUUGUCAAGAGUUUAAAGAAAGAGUUGGAUUCUCUGCUGGAGGAGAAAAUUCGUAACCCUGCUCCUGUGGACUGGCAAAACCGUCAAUCUAAAGACUGUGCUGUCAUCACAGCCAUCAUAGACCUCAUCACCACCCAGGAGAAGCCUACAGGCAGCACUAAGGGCUAUGGCAGAACAUGGGCAUCUGCCCAAAGAGGACAACACAUGUACUUCAAUGACGAUGAUGACGACGACGACUAGAAGUGGCCAGGUUUUUGGCUGGCUAUGAAGAGAAGAGCCUCUGUGUGCAUCCUUGGCAUAGAGAUAUUUAUAAUAACCAGCUGGCCUCCUUGAUGGUGCUCCCUGGGUCCUUCUGAAGGCCAAACCCAGGACACAAGAGCACUGGAAAAUGUUAUGCACUUGAAUGACUCCCAGAUUUUUUUUUUUGUUGUUUGCCUAUUUGGUCAUUAUAAGGACCAAUCCAUGUUCGAAUACAGUCAGUAGCUGUUUUGUUUGUUUAGCUUGUACAUUUUUGAUUUGGAUAAAUCAUGCUCUUGUUUUUUGAGUAAUGUCACUUAAUAGACUGCACAAUAAAGAAAGGAUCUACCAUGAAA